AUGGAGGGUGCCCUCCCGCCUGAAGAAGGCGGAGGCGCCCUCAACACUGCAUUGAGGCUCUCUCAACACUACAGGUUCUCGCCGGCCACUUCAGGUUCUCGCUGGAGGUUCGUAGCAGUCGAAGGUCUAUACGUCAUCACCGGGAGUGUCACGUACCCAGCGUUCAUCGACUCAGCACUCGGACAGGAUCACCUACCAUCUUGCACUCGCAGGUGUCCCCAUCCACACCGCCUCCGAAAUCUAUUUACCCCAAUCUACCUCUCCUCCUCUGCUCCCAUCAAGGUGCGAUUGAGGCUUGCAAGGCUGAGAAUUUCAUCCAUCAGCAGUCAGCGAUCGAGAGUAGAAGCGACCCGCAGAAGGUCGACGGAGCAGGAGCGGCGUGAGCUGGACGAGCUGGCGAGGCGGGGCGAGACUGUUGUCCCCGGCGGCACCGGCGGAAAGAGCCUCGAGACCCAGGAGCACCUCGCCGAAGGACGGAGCCGUGGAGGGCAGGCAAGGAAGGAGCAGCUGGGAACGGAGGGGUACCAGGAGCUGGGCCACAAGGGAGGGGAGACGAGGAGGGAGCAGAUGGGGCACGAAGGCUACCAGGAGAUGGACCGUAAAGGUGGCCUAUCCACCAAGGAGGAGUUUGGAGGCGAGCGGGCCGCCAAGGAAGGCAUCCCCAUCGACGAGUCCAAGUACAAAACUAAGCACUAAGCAGUAGACGUAUAGUCGAUAGCAAGUAGUCUUAGACUCGCUACUUCCCGCUUUGUUUAGGUUCUGCAGCAUGUAGCUAGCUAGUCAUGUAAUGCUUAAGCUUCGUGGUCUUUUGUGCUUAGAGUUUGAUGAAGUUAUUACUAAGUUAUGGUC